AUGGACUGGGGUUUAAGGGUGCUAUGUAAACGUGCCGAAAACGGUAUCGAAAAAUUGCCGACAAAGGGACUUAAUCAGUAUGUCGCUGUAAAACAAGAAGCUCGAAGAAGAGUCUUUGCAACGGCUAAAUUUGGUCAAGAAUUGAAAAACGAUCGCGCUCAUGCUUCUGAAAAGUCAGAGGAUUCUGACACAGACGCUGCCCCGCGACGCAGCUCAACCAAAUCCAUCAUUGCCCUGAUAGAUUUGACACAUGGCCAACAAAGGAAAACAGCAUGUGAUGAAUUGUUCGAUGUCCACAUUCAAGUAAAAUUACGUGCCAGGCCGAACCCGCACGCCACACCAAUUGACUCGACAUGGUGUACCUACGAAUAUUCUCAUAAAUUUGUAAUUGUUAUGAAGAUAUAUUUACCAGGUAGCACAGACAGAGAACUGUCGGUUCGUCAAAUGAAGCUCUUCGAUUGCUUCGAAGCGUUCUUUGAAAAGAUUCUAUUCUUACAGAAUUACAGACGGCGUAUCUCGCACCGAUCAAAAUUUAAUUUCCUGACCAUGCAAAACUGCUAUCAUCAACCAGUGUCAAAUAGAGCAGCGAAAGCAGUUUCCAGCAUUGUUCGAAUUAUUGCCGUGGAUGGGAAAGACGAGGUCGGAAUCUACUCACUUGUCGGUAAAGGCCUUAUUGUUUUUGUUCGUUGGCAGCUCUAG